CCCCUGACCCUCCAUCUCUACACACUGAAACCAAACUGGAAAAACAACAUUAAAACGAGCGAAGAAAUGUGGAUUGAAAGGAUUUGAAAAGAAAGAUCACCUGGAGGACACGCGAGGACAAGUGGAUCGAUAGAGGAUGGAAGAAUAGACGAACGGGCAUGCGGAAGAAGGGUAGAGAAGCGGACGAAGGAAAAGAAGAAUGGACAUGCGGAUAGAAGGAUAAAAGAGCGGAUAUGUAAGAACAGAAGAGAGAGAAAAAAACGGGGAUACGGAUAAACGAAUAGAGAAGAACGGCCGUGCGGACAUGCCGACGGAUAGACAAGCGGACGAGCGGAUAGGCGAGCGGACAUGCCAGCGGACGGACGGAUAGACGAACUGACGGACGAACGGAUGAGGCCGCAGUCAGCGGAGUCGGCCAAGACGUCAGUGGCGCUCGGGAGGUCGGAGGGAGAAGGCGGGUGGAUGAUCGCAGGUCCUGUGUGUGCGUCCGCGUCCGUGUGCGUGUGUGUGUGUGGCAGCGGAGAGAGAGAGAGAGAGAUAGAGAGAGCCUCGAGUGUGCGCAUAACGGCUGCCUCUCUCGUUCCUUCUUUUCUCGUUCUCUCCAGUUCUUUCUCGCGGAGACGAAAGACGAAGCUCACGAUGCGCUGGAUACAUAACGGGGAUCCGAGGACGUAAUGGACACUCAGCGCCGGCGAUUGGAAGGAGAGGAAAGGGCGAUCGGCGAGUCUCCGUUCUUCCGCAAGGUGGGCGUCCCCCUCUGUUGGUGGGGCUGAAGGUGGAGAUCGGUGGUGGGGAUCUCCGUGUGGUGGAGGAGAGGAGACUGGGGAAGCAUGGAUGACGUGAGGACAAGGGAUGAAACGGGAAAGUAAAGGAUAAAGUUAUGACGAAGGAUGAGACUAGAAAAUGAGAGAUAAAGUGGUGAUAAAAGAUGAAACUAGAAAAUAUGAGAUAAAGUUAGUGAUGAAGGAUAAGACUGGAAAAUCAUGGAUGAAGUGAAGGGGAAGAGAGAAGUCUUACGUGAUUCGGCAAAGGAAGUGAUUCGUGAAUAUAAAAGAUGAUUUCGAAAUGAGCUUAAUCCACGUGAAAACCUAUACUGCCUAAGCGAGAAAAAACAAACAUAAAAACAAAACAAACACACAUUUUAUCACAUUUUAAAACAUUCCAGUCAAACACUACACACACACACACACACACACAGACAUCAUAAACCUCAUUAUAAACCUCAUUACAAACACACACCUUAAAAAAAACUUAUCAAAACUAAAACACGCUAUACCUCAAGACAAUGAUUUCAAGACAGUGCUAACCCCUCGCCAAGGUCAGUUCAUGAGGGCGAUUCUCAUGACGCUAUGAUACCAAGCAAAGAUUCACUCGCUAUGGAUCGGCUUGACCUUAGAAAGAAACUCAACGCUACUAAAGGUCUUUCGAAGUUGGAGGUUGACGGCGAGGCAGAAGGCGGGGGGUCGAAGGCCCUGUUCCUGGAGAAGGUGCGCCAGAGCAAUGCCGCGUGCCAGUCCGGAGACUUCGAGACCGCCGUGGCACUCUACACCGAGGCCAUCGCACUCGACCCCCACAACCACAUCCUUUACUCCAACCGCUCCGCCGCCCACAUCAAGCUCGCCAAGUUCGCCCACGCCCUUCAGGAUGCCACCAAGGCGCGCGAACUCAACCCCAAGUGGCCCAAGGUAAGAAUGAUGCUUCUCAUCCUAAGGAACUCGAGCAUAAGUAAGUAAGUCUUCAGGCGGAAAUGUUAUAAAAAAAAAUGGGUACUUUAAUACGACAGUCGGUAGUGAUCAGCUGGCAGUGACUCGCACGCGUUAGAAAAAAAAACUACGUGUAUUCUUGGUCCUCCUUCGGUUUUGUUUACAGACGGCGUAUUGAACAAAGGUUCGCGCCGAUAGAUGGAUAAAGGUAUGGAUAGAGAGAGAGAAAGAGGAGAGUAGAAAAGAGAGAAGCGAAACAAAAGGGGCACGAAGA